AUGCCUCUUCAAGUCUCUUUUGGAGAUGGUUUAAGCUGUAAUUGUUUAAAUUUAAGGAUUCUGGGAAUCCCAAAUGACGCGAAGCACAAAUGGGUUUCUGUUCCCGGCGACCUUAUUCGAAUUAAAUUAUAUAGCCUCUCACAAAUCCAUCACAUUGAAGGAAAGUCGAUAAUUGCUUGCAAAGGAUGCCGUAUUUCUCUUUUUGUCGUGAAUAGAUUGGUACACGAUUUGAAGUAUUAUCUCAAAGAAAAUGAACAUAAUAAUGUCGAUAUUUACAUUUAUGAAGUAGCAAAGUACCUCUCUACCUUCAAAGAUCCGAAAACUGUAUCUCAGUUUGGAAUUCGCAUGGACAUGCUGAGUUCAGGUCAAGACAUUGGAAUGGAAGACCAAAUACUGUUGAAUAAGACCCAAAUGGACCCUGAAAUUGAUGAGCUUUUCAAGAACCUCGUUUUAGAACGAAAGAAGGAAAAUCGACAAACAUUGUUGUCAUUUCUUCGUUCACAACAAGAUUCUUAUGAAGAGUAUACGAAAGAGCUUGAGUGGGAUGCUUUUUGUUUGAAACGUAAUUCCUUGCAUGAAGCCAAAAUUCAGUACGAGGGCGAGAUAAAGGCUUUUAUGCCUUUAUCUAGAGAAAAAAAGCCGAACGUUGUAAAGUCUGAAACAGAACACUCUCGUCACACUCAAAGAAGUAAACCGAAGAAGCAAGUUGCAUUCACAGACAAAUUUGAAGUGAUCUGUUCUGACGGUAAGCAACCUAGUAAACCGGUUAAUCAAGAACACGACCAAGUAAAGGCACUUGCACAUCAAUUUGAGAAAAGCUUGCCAGAUGAAGAAAGCGGAAGCUUAAAAUAUGAACAAGCAGAGAAAAGUGACUAUAAUUCGAAUGAAGAACUUGCAUUCGAUAUAAGUUUUAGCGAUUUGAACGAGGAUGGUGUGCUUGAAACUAUUCCUCCCGGUGACACAAGUGAGUUAGACGCCCUGACCUCAGACAAGCAUUCAAAAGACACCGAUUUUCCUAUGGAUUUGGAUUCUUCUUUUUCUGAAAGCUUCCCAAUGGCAAUACAAUCUUCCAGCUAUACGGAACGCACCCCUUCGUCAAGUAUUAGCUCUGAUUCUUCCUUUGAAGCACCAACGGCGUCAUUUAUUGACCGUAAAGAGAGAUGGCUGCGUAUGUUGCACAAGGCGGACGAGCAUAGUCGCAGCGUACAUGCUAGGAGUAUGGGCUAUAAUCUAGCUAAUGAUGAUCCAAAUCUUAUAACCUCUUAUAAACAUUCUUUCUUAUCACAUGGCUGGAAGAGCUUAAACUAA